AUGGCAGAUGGCAGCGGUGUGGAGCCGGAGCUGGCAUGGAAACAAACAUUGAUGCUGUGCAGCCAAGCCAUCACAGAGUAUGGCCUACGGCAGCAGUGGCGACAGUCAAUGCACCUGCUGGCAGUCACAAACGAAGAAAGUGUCGCCCCAGACCUACAGCUUUACAAAAAGGCAACCAAUGCAUGUCGCGAAGCUGGUCAGUGGGAAGCCUGCGUGCACGUGCUUCGCAACCUGGGCCAACUGCGACAUGCAGGCCUGCAAGCCGACGUCGUGAUCUUUGGCACUGUAAUGGCUAGUGCUGCCAAGCUUGUCUCCUCCAAGAGCCCUUGGGACGUGGCCACGCUGGCAAAGUGGAGACGCAGUUUGCACAUCCUGCAGGGUGCCACGCAGGAUGGAGUUCAGCUCGAUCCGACGUUGAUCGGAAUUUGCAUCUCUGCCUGUGGCAAGGGCAAAACAUGGGAGUCUGCCAGCUUCCUACUGGCGGACAUGCGCUGGAAGACUCUGCAAGUGGAGGAUGCCUAUGCAGGAGCGCAACUUGCUGCACUGAAUUGCGACGAUGGCUGGCCAGCGGCAUUGGCGCUUUUCCGCGAUCUCCGGCAUCGGCCGCAGCUGGCGCUGACCACGGCGGCUUUAAAUGCUGCAAUGCUCGCUGCCGAUCUUGGGGAAAGACCGGGUCGUGCACUUCGCCUCCUCCUAGCGGUCCAGCGGCUUGGCCUUGUGGAGACGAAUGUGCUGAGCGUGACGAUGGGCUUGACCUGUUUGGAUGGGAUGAUCGAAGGAACGAGCUGUGAGCCCCCUAGCCGUCGGGUGGCAUGGCAGAUGGCAUCCAGGAUCUUCGAUGAUUCUCGGAAGAAUGCCGUGGAGCCGAACCGAAUUACCUACACCUGCCUGGUAGGCCUAGAAGACAAGGCUGGGCGCUGGGAGUCCGCACAGCUAUUGGUGCACCGGUCACGAUUGGCCCGGGUGGCUUUUGAUUCGGCUGCCUACCGAGCAGCCAUGCAGGUGACGAUGGGCCAGUGGUCUGGAAUGGCUCCACUCUCGCUGCCACGGAUCAACCAUCCAGCUGCCAGGUCAAGUGCAGGUUCGCAAAAAAUGGAAAGACCUUCACACCUCGCCAUCUGCUGGAGAAUCUAA